AAGAUGUAACUUCCUCCUUCCCAACUUCUGACCUGCUGACAACAGAAGGGAACAGGAGAGGACUUACUGUCUGCUCUGGGACACUUAUGAGAUGGUUGUCUAUACAAAUGUCAGGUAAAUAUUUUACAUAUAAAGGAGUGAAUUUCUCUCCUGGAUCUUAUAGCCAAGAAGGUCUCAAUUUUGCAGAAAACGAAUUCCAAGUGCAAGAUGAUGAUGUCUACAUUGUUACAUAUCCUAAAUCAGGCACAAACUGGAUGAUUGAGAUCUUGAGCUUAAUUAAGACAAAUGGGGAUCCUACUUGGUGUAAUAGUGUUCCAAUCUGGCUCCGAUCUCCUUGGUUUGAAACUCUGGAGGGCCAGUCACAGAUCAAAGAUGUUACCCCUCCAAGAGUCCUUACCUCUCAUUUACCAUUGCACAUCUUCGCAAAGUCAUUUUUCACAUCUAAAGCAAAGAUUAUCUACGUAAUGAGGAACCCUAAGGAUAUUCUUGUAUCCUUGUUUCAUUUCUCCAAGAUUAAUUACCUUUAUAAAGAUCCUGAAAGUUUCCAAGAAUUCUUUGAAGACUUUUUGCAAGGCAAUGUUCUAUACAGCUCAUGGUUUGAUCAUGUGAAAGGAUGGAUGCAAAUGAAGACAAAUAAAAACUUCUUUUAUAUCACUUAUGAGGAACUUCAUCAGGAUCUCAGAGGAAGUGUGGUAAAAAUUUUUGAUUUUUUGGGGAAAGAAUUACAUGAAACACAGACUGAUUUAGUUGUAAAAAAUACAUCUUUCAAAGUAAUGAAAGAGAACAAGAUGUCCAACUACAGUUUACUUCCUCAGGAUUUUAUAGAUCAAACCAAAGGUUCUUUUAUGCGCAAAGGGAUCACUGGAGACUGGAAGAGCCACUUUACAGUUGCCCAGAAUGAAUGUUUUGAUAAAGUGUAUCAAGAGAAAAUGAAAGAUUUAAAUAUGAAGUUUUUUUGGGAAGACAUAUGAUUUCAAAAUACAAGACAUCAGUGGAAAGCAUCAUGUUACUUUUUAACCAAAUUGUUUUUGUAAAAUGAUUUUAUUGUUUGAUUUUUGUGUGGGAAUAAUGGAAUAAACUAAA